AUGGCUGCGCAGCCAUUGGCCACCCUUUUCGAGAAGGAUAAUUUCAUUAAGAAGCGGUUCAGGAAGAAGGGUUACUUUGUCGAUUUCCCGCCACGUCGGGCCGCGGGAGGAGAUGACGAUGAUGAGGAUGCGAAAAAGGAGAACCCGAUAAGUACGAAAGCGAUGGAGCUGAAUGUCCAUGCUUUGAAGGUGAUGUUUUCCUUCUACAAGGUGACAAGUGGUAAGAGAGUUCCCAUCCAGAAAUUGGAAGCAGCACAGGCUGUUCGGGAACUCUUUGAGAUCAUCAAGGCGUUGCGGGAUGAGUGCGAUGAGGGUAGUGCCGGUGAUGAUGAGGAAGGCGAGGGCGAAGAGGAGGAGCAGAUGGAAGAUGAUCCCGUUGAUGAGGUUCCGGAGGUGAGUGAUAGCGCUGUUCCGGGUUCAAGUGAGUCUGCAGAUCCUGCAGAUAAGAAGGACAACGGUGGUGGUGUCAUGGCUGCCUUAGCGGAUAUGGAGUUCGAUCCCACGGAAGACGCCCAGGCCCCGAUGUUUCGUUACAGGUCGAAGUCUACCUUGCACUCUUUGCCGAGCACGGCUGUUCUGGGCGCCUCCGUUGCAAGCCCGGGGUCCUACAAGGAUGCAUUGACCGGGAGCAAGGAAGAGGAGUUGCAGAAGCUGCUUGAAGAAAUCAGUUUCCUCGAGACUGGUGAGGCUAAGCAUCCGGAUACGGCCCGCCACGAUGCCCUGCUCCUCAUGAUGGGAUCCCCAACCCGACCUUCAACUGCCCGAGGAACCGAUGAGCCACCACCGACCUGCAGAAAGAAGCUCUUCGAUGAUGAACCAGCUUGGAAGAUGCCUCCCGACCAGGCUGACACAUUCGUGCACGCAGAACCUGGUGCGGUUGGGCCAACGAGUGGGGCGAUCGUGCCAGAAGAUGCAGCGGGGCUUCACGGAGACAAGGUUGGGCCUCGAGUGGGUGAGGCGAUCGUGCCAGAAGAUGCACCGGGGCUUCAUGGAGGCAAGGUUGGGCCUCCCGUGAGCGAGGCAAUCGAUGUGGAUUCGAGUCCGGAGAAGAUCAAAGCGGAGCCACAGUCCCCGACAGCGGCCAAAGAUCAAGUGGUCCAGCCGGUUUCUCUAGAGGCUCAGAACCAGCUUCGGGCCACGCUUCGAGAGAAGCUCCGUCGUGACCGUGGUGGCAAGGGUCCUAAGGGUGGCAAGAAGGCUGCCACGGCGAGAAAGACCAAGAAGGGCGAGGUGGGCUCUGGUGAGAGCUCGCAUGAUGAUGAAGGUGCUGGAGAGGCACCGCAGGUGGCAUCGAAGCGCAAGCGUGCAAAGGCACCGCGGGCGGCAUCGAAGUGCAAGCGUGAUGAAGGUGAUGCGGAGGCACCGCCGGUGGCAUCGAAGGGCAAGCAUGAUGAAGGUGCUGUGGAGGCACCGCCGGGGAAUGCGAAGUCCGAAGAGAAGUGCACGGCCUCGCCAAAGGCGUCGCCAAAGGCCUCGCCAAAAGCCAAGGCGAAGGCAGGUGCCAAGGCCAAGGCCAAAGGGAAGCCAAAGAGUGCGGCGGUUGACAGCGGUGUGGCUCUGAGGCUGAAGCCCGAUCCCAGCCGAAACGGCUACUCCGAGUGUGGCACCCUUUUGUUGGGAUGCUCGAGCUGCCGAUGGGGUCCGCUUGGUUGUGGCACGUGCCUUCGUGUGAACUUCCACGGUGUUCGCUGGAAUCGUGUGGCAUGCGGAGACUGGGAGUGA